AUGAGGUGGCUUCUGCCCUGGUUUAUAGCGGCAGCGGCAGCGGCAGCAGCGGCAGCAGCAGCAGCAGCGGGGAGCAGCCUUUCCAAGGCCCUUAUCCAGUCUUCUACUAUCAUGCCCCAAACCUCAGUCCCUGUGGAGGACACCUCAUCACGCCCUCAAUUCUGUAAGUGGCCGUGUGAGUGCCCCCCAACUCCACCCCGUUGCCCCCCUGGCAUCAGCCUGAUCACUGACGGCUGCGAGUGCUGCAAGAUGUGCGCCCAGCAGCUCGGGGACAAUUGCACCGAGGCAGCCACUUGUGACCCUCACCGGGGCUUGUACUGUGACUACAGCGGGGACCGCCCGAGGUACGCAAUAGGAGUGUGUGCACAAAUGGUUGGUGUAGGCUGUGUCCUAGAUGGGGUGAGGUACAGGAAUGGCCAGUCUUUUCAGCCCAACUGCAAGUUCAACUGUACUUGCAUCAAUGGGGCUGUGGGCUGCAUUCCACUCUGCACCAACUCUCGCCCACCACGUCUCUGGUGCCCCAAUCCUAAGAGGAUCAAGAUGGCGGGCAGAUGCUGUGAGCAGUGGAUCUGUGAAGAUUCAAAGAAACCUCGGAAGACCUUGCCACGACACAUCUCUCCCUCAGCUUCUGAAGGAGACAUUGAGUCAUGGCAGAAAAACUGUAUUGUCCACACAUCUUCCUGGAGCCCCUGUUCUAGAAGCUGUGGGAUGGGAAUCUCUGUCAGAAUCUCCAACAACAAUGAGCAAUGCCAAUUGUCAAAGGAGAGUCGCCUGUGUAACGUGAGACCCUGUGAGGUGAACAUCACCCAACACAUCAAGCCAGGGAAGAAGUGCUUGGCUGUGUAUCAACCAGAGCUUCCAGUGAACUUAACCAUCUCUGGCUGCGUGAGCACCGACAGCUACAGGCCUAAGUACUGUGGAAGCUGCACAGAUAAUAGGUGCUGCACCCCCUACAAGUCCAAGACCAUUGUUGUGAAUUUCCAGUGUCCCGAUGGCCCAGGCUUCUCCUGGAAACUGAUGUGGAUCAAUGCUUGCUUUUGCAGCCUGAGCUGCAGGAACCCCAAUGACAUCUUUGCAGACCUAGAACAAUACCAUGAUUAUACAGAAAUAGCCAACUAGGUAGACAAAAGAUUAGAGAGGCCUCAAGACCCAAGAGGAUGACAUUUCAUGAGGUAAAAGGCAACAUAGUCUUAUAAUCUCAUUCUCUUCCCCACUGACAGAUUUCUUAACCUUCAGAGGCUGCUGCAAGAUGCCUGUUGAUCCAAAGAGGUUGGGUUCUCUCAUCUAGAUCCUAGCUGAACACCACUUUCUGACUUAACCCUUAAGUCAAGAAAACUCUCUUUAUCUAGCAUUUGGUGCUAUUUGCAGAAAAGGCUCAAAUGCCUCAAAUAGGCAAACCUUAAAAUGCUAUCUACAGCUAACUAUUAUUAAAAGGACAAUGUGGUUACUGUUUAUUUCAUAGUUAUCUUACAGUCAUUUAUAAUGUAGGAAAAUGUAGUCACUCCUAACAGGCUUUGCCUUCCACUUCCGAAGGGCUGGGGAGGUGGGGUAGGGUAAAGAUAAUGUGACAUGCUAUUUUUCCACUUCUAGUCCUUUCCCUGCAAAAACAUCCAUCAGAUAUCUUUAUAUUUAAUUUCCUCUUUGCCUAAGACUUAAAUGAAUGGGUCUGCCCUUCAGAAAACCCAGCUGGCAAAAAGCCAAGCAUGUUUAGCUGAUCAAUUAAGAGCAUUUUUGACCUCAUAGAUAAAUAAACUCUUGGCAUGGUCCCUUUAACCAGAUCUCCCAGUUCAUUAUGUCUUCUGCAGAUAACUCAAGGUCUAGUCUAGACUGUAGCCUGGUAGUAGAGGAAGAAGUAAGGACACAGGAUUUGGGGUCAAGUUCAAAUCCUUUCCCUUACUAUCUAUAUGACCUUGGACAAGUUGCAAAUUCUCUGAGCCAUAGUUUCAUCUGUAAAAUGGGGAUAAUAAUCCCUGCCCUGUCUAUCUCACAGGACUUUUGUGCAGAUCAAACAGAAUCAUGAUAAAGCUGUAAGGUGCUAUAUAAAUGUGAGCUAUUAUUAGUUAUAACAACAAAAGACAUGUUCUGCUGUCUGGGUCAUGUCUUUAGUGAACUGGAAUACAGUGAGGUAUCAACUCUCCCCAGGACAAAGAGUUUGAGAAAUUCCUGGCUAAUGCUUCUAGGCUCCUCCAUAUUAUUUUUAUCAGUGCUUCCAGAUACUUUCUCCAUGACCCUCCUUAUGACCUUGCCUUGAGAGCCAAAUGGAAAUGAUACCCUACUACACACCUUGAAAAACUCAAGAAGGAAACAUGGGGCAGUGAGAUAUCUGCUUUCUGCUAAUUAAUGGGCACAGAUGUCAUUCAAUCCUAUCAGAAAUAUCAAGUUAAAUGCAAAACUUACAUAAAAGUCUAAAGAAGACUAAUACGAUUGACCAUUCUUGGUUAAGAGCUGGUGGUACCAUAUCCCGCUCCUACAGAGGCAAAAGCCUAGUACUAGUUAGGAAUGGUAAUCUCUGAUCCAGGUCCAUAGGAUUUCAACUCUAGCCCAUGGUGAUACCAUAUUGGGUACCAUUAUUAGAUUUCUGUAAGUCAUGUGACUCGCUGUGGCUUCCGUCCAUGCAUGAAUGUCAUCUGUGUGUAUCCUGGAGAACAAGAAUCUCUGGAGAACUCCCAACAGUCUUGUGUCUGUGUUGUAGGAAUAGACUGGGUGGGAUGGCUGGUGAAGGCAAAAGAAACUAGAUUGCUUCGGUUUUGUCAUUUAUAAUCUUAUUCAUUUCAUCAGUGUUAUUACUCUGUAUGUGGUAAGAAAAGUGAUGUAGUUCAGAAACAUUAUGUCAAAUUGUAUCUCUGAUUUUUUCUAAAAGGUUUCUAGUUGAACAGAAUUGUGUUAACAGUGCCUUGCUUAAUUAUUCAUGAAAAUCAUUUAACUAAUGUUGUAAUGGCCGAUUGCAUAUCUUUGUCUAUAUGUAUGUAUGUCUAUGUGUAUAUAUAUAUAAUUUUCAAACUGUGACUUAAUAUUUAAUCUUACAGAGGUAUUUUUGUAAAGGAUAUUUUUAAAGUAUAGAAAAAUUUAUCAGGAUUUACAAAUAGUGGGCAAAAUAAGGUCAGGACACCCAUGUUUCAUGAUGUUGUCCAUUAUUCAUCAUUGUACAGUCCUUCUGAACCCAAAGUGGAAGAUUUUUGUUACUUCAGUUCUGAGUUUGUGACUUUUCUCCUGAAAAAUAAUA